ACGCUUCGAGCACUAGCCUCGGUCGUUCAGUCUGUUGUACGAUCGGUUGUGUGAAGUGCUCUUGGAUUAUUUGCAGGAACUUAUUCGGAGCCGGUUGAUGACAGUAGAAGUAUUCAGUGUGAUUUGAAUAUACUUAAGUGAAUCCAUAUCGCGAUCAACGAAAGCGAAAGUAUUCACCUGAGUUCAAAGAGUGUGACGAUUUGGUGCAGUGAAGAAAAGAUGUACUUUCCAAAUGAAGUGAAGGCGGAAUUGAAUCUAGGAGAGAUGAGUGAAGAACUAAUACAAUAUGCCAAAGAAAACAUCAAUGAAGAUCCUGCAACAAAAUGCCAAGUUGUAUCAGAUUUUAGAGACAUGAUAUUUGCCAGAGGUGAAUGUACACCUCACAGAACUGAUGAUGAAUAUUUGCUGAAAUUUUUAAGAUGUCGAAAUUUUGUUAUUGAAAGAGCUCACAGACUGAUUUGCAACUAUUAUGAUUUUAAAGAGGACAAUCCAGAAUUUUUCGAAGGAGUGAAUUUAUCGAAACUAUUUAAAAUGGGAGAACAUGAUAUACUUUCUGUGCCACCUUAUAGAGAUCAAUUAGGCAGACGGCUUUUAUUAUACAGAAUAGGUAACUGGGACCCUGAACUUUUCACCCCUGUAAACAUUUUCCAGGCGACAUUAUUAAUAUUGGAAUUAGCAAUUUUGGAACCGCAGUUUCAAAUUGUAGGAGGUGUUUGUAUUUUUGAUUUAGGAGGGCUUACUAUGCAACAAGUCUUUUAUAUGUCACCAUCAAUAGCACAUAAAGUGAUUCAAAUCAUGGUGACAUGCUUCCCCGUGAAUCUGAAAGCAGUUCAUAUCGUAAAUCAGCCUUGGAUUUUCGAUAUAGUUUAUAAUAUAUUUAAACCAUUUAUUGAUGAAAGAAUGAAGGAGAGAAUUUUCUUUCAUGGCGAUGAUAUGGAAAGUUUACAUAAACAUAUUGAUCCUAAACAUUUGCCAGAAAGGUAUGGUGGACUUCAUCCAGAUUAUAAUUACAACGACUGGAUUGAGGGUUUCAAGAAAAAUGAAUUUAUUCAAAAGGAAUUGGUUUCAUUGGGCUACCAAACUGAAAAUAUUGAAGAAACAAAUGAGGAAGUUUGAAAAAUGGAUAUGGAUGUCACAAUUAAUUAAACUUGGGGAAUAUAUUUAUUUUAUGUCCCUCAGACCAUAUGUUAUUGCCUUAUUUUUUUAAAGAAGAAUAUAAUUUUAUAUUGUGUCAUUAUCUAUUGUUUAUAAUGACCAACUAAUGUGCUACUAGUUAGUUGUACAUUUCUUGUAUCAAUUCCUGCUGAAAUGUAAAAUCAUCACAAUUAUAUUAUAAUGGAAAAUGUGAUAUUUAGUGUGGAUGUAAUAAUAAUAUUUUUUUAUUUUUUA